UGAUUAUCAACAACCCCAUCCCGCUUUCAACCGCAUCGCAUGAAUAAAAACAAACAUUUUGCGACAUCUGAAGAACAAGAUAAUGUUUGGCGCAACGCAAUCUACCAACCGGAUGAAUGACUUCGAGGUGGCCUCGCCACCCGAUGACUCCGUAUCGGCGCUCGAGUUCAGUCCCAACACGCUGCAGAAGAACUUCCUGAUUGCCGGCAGCUGGGACAACAGCGUUCGCUGCUGGGAGGUGGAACAAAAUGGAGCAACAGUGCCAAAGUCGAUGAAGACCAUGGGCGGCCCAGUGCUGGACGUGUGCUGGUCGGACGACGGCACCAAAGUAUUUGUGGCCUCCUGCGACAAGCAAGUAAAGCUCUGGGACCUGGCCUCUGACCAAGUGAUGCAAGUGGCGGCACAUGACGGCCCUAUUCGAACGUGCCACAUGGUCAAGGCACCCACAUACACCUGUCUGAUGACCGGCUCCUGGGACAAGACGCUGAAGUUCUGGGACAUGCGUUCGCCCAACCCUAUGAUGACUAUCAACCUACCCGAACGUUGCUACUGUGCCGACGUAGACUACCCAAUGGCUGUGGUUGGCACUGCCAAUCGCGGCUUGAUCAUAUAUUCCUUGCAAAACAGCCCCACGGAAUAUAAAAGGCAGGAAAGUCCGCUCAAGUACCAGCACCGCGCCAUAUCAAUUUUUAAAGAUAAGAAAAAGGAGCCCACGGGCUAUGCCUUGGGCAGUAUCGAAGGCCGUGUAGCCAUUCAGUACGUGAGCCCCGCAAAUCCCAAGGAUAAUUUUACAUUCAAGUGCCACCGCUCCACGGGCACGGCAGGUUAUCAGGACAUCUACGCCGUAAACGACAUAGCAUUCCAUCCGGUGCACGGCACCCUGGUAACCGUCGGAUCCGAUGGCACAUUUAGUUUCUGGGACAAAGAUGCCCGCACCAAACUCAAGUCGAGCGAGGCUAUGGAUCAGUCUAUUACGAAAUGCGGAUUCAAUGCAAAUGGCCAGAUCUUCGCCUACGCCGUGGGCUACGACUGGUCCAAGGGCCAUGAGUAUUUUAAUCCUGCUAAGAAGCCCCAAAUCUUCCUGCGCUCGUGCUACGACGAGCUGAAACCGCGUAUCAACUGAUUGGAAGCCUGUUUUAGUUUUAGUGAGAGCCCCCAAAUGAACUGCGAAUAAACACUGAUUCGAAGCGAAA